AGUAGGAUGCGGUAGUUCGUACAAGUGUCGGUACUCUGUUUAAGGAGUUUGUACGGACGAAAGUUAACUACAACAUCCCGUCGGUUAGAUUGUCAGUAAUGUGGAUGUCAGUUUAUAGGAGGAGGAAAAAUAAAAACACUCGGUCAAGUCCGUGUAUCCUCUGAGUCCCGUGUCGGAGCAAGCUGCUGCUACUAGCCGCUGUCACAAGUCUCCUGACAGGAACUCGCCACAUUAUCACCAUCAUUAUCGGGCUAUUAUUUUGUCUUUACUGCGGUUUGGCGCAGCUGUGAACCGGCUAUCAGUGAACAUCGUCAACGCACGCAAACUUGUGGUCUUCUCUCCCAAACACUAUGCAACUCGAUCAAGAACAUUUAGAAACCAGGAUGGAAACUAAAGCUAUGACAUUUUCCAGGUUUUUGAUGCCCAUUCUGAGAACUCACUAAUUUCAGGAGGGUAAACUUUGCACAGUUAGAGGAUUUAUUACACAGUUGUUGUUUUUGACAUACUGGUGCUUCAGGAAAAGUAAUGGAGACAGAAGAAAGGGAGGAUGUAACACAAAAACCCAUAGCUAGUAUAAAGACAGAGGAAGAUGUGACCUCUGGCCACAGCUGUGGAGUGUGCGGCCGUAGCUUUCCUCUCCUCAGCUCUCUGUCCCAGCACAUGAGAAGACACACACGGGAAAAACCAUACAAGUGUCCAUACUGUGAGCACAGGACGGCUCAGAAGGGCAGUCUGAAGGUCCACAUUCGAAGCCAUAAACUAGGCCUACUAGGCCAUAACCUCAGUGACAAGGACGGAGAUGGAGAUCAAGAGCAGAAAUGUAACACCGAGACUCCGGACCCUCCUGAAAUCAUCAGUGCAUCUGACAAAGCACAUACUUUCAAUGGGAAGGCGAAGAAGAAAGGAACCAAGAAAAAAGUUAAGGGUACAGAUGAUGUUGGGGUCGGUGAUGAGGCUGAUAGUGGGUCCUGUACCUGUAGUAUUUGUGGCCAGGUUUUCCCUCAGGUGCUACUCCUAAAAUCCCACAUGAAAAGGCACCGCAGCUCACAGGAUCACGGUUGUCGGAUUUGUGGACGCCGAUUUCGCCAGGCAUGGUUCCUCCAAAGUCACAUGCGCAUUCACCGGGUCAAAGCACAACUAAGAGGUGGCAAAAGCAAUGAGCCACCUGCCACCAUCAAUGGAGUUCCUCAAGACCCAACAUCACUGAUAAAUGAAGAGUGCCUCUAUGAGCUCUGUGCUGGUUGUGGUAACUUCUUCUUGGACCGCAAAACACUGCGAACACAUGAAAAGUUACAUAAAGUGAACCACAGUCGCACUCAGACACAGAAUCCCUCACAGGAAGACACUGAAGCCUCUGAGAUGCACUCUGCUAAGAAGCAGUUUUUGGAAUGCUUGAACCUCACAUGCGUUGGACCAAGGGACACCUCUGAGGAAAAGAGCCUGGCCAGGCGAAUUCCAGAACUAGAUCCAGUUUGUAGUUACCAAGCGUGGCAGUUGGCCACAAGAGGACGACUAGUGGAGGUCACAGAGAAAUGUGUGGGAUGGGAGGAGAGGUUAGCAGAUGCUGAGGUGGUAUAUGACACAGAAAAGGGUGAGUACGUACCCUUGAAGCAGGAGAAGAAGCGGAAGCAAAUCGACACCACUAACUCCAACAUUAAGAAGAUCAAGGGCGAUUCCGGCCUUGAUCAGAAAUCAAACAGCUUGGCUCAGAGUAAAGGUGGUGACAAGAGGAUUUGCCAGAAAGACCGUAUUUCUUUGAACGGGCUUGGUCACGCGUUUUAUGAGGCACUGCAGACUAAGAAGGCCAAAGAUGUUCACUUCACAUCUAAACAGACCAACAGCUUCAGAAGUCAAGAUCAGGAGGAUAAAAAACCAUACUUCUGCGAGCACUGUGAUUUCCACACUGUCGAUGCCUCAAUACUCAGGUCUCACCUGCACAAGCAGCACCAGGACUUCCUGCAUCCAUACAGCAAACACAGCGCCAUUUUGGACAAUAUUAGCCAAAGUGGCUCCAGAGCCUCAAGAUACAUGGACUACCUCAGAAACAGAAGUGUGUUGCUCAGUCAGCCAUACUGGAAUCCCUACACAUGCCCCCCUGGGCAGGGCUCAGCAGAGUCAAAGAUUAAAACUGAAAAGUCAAAUGGCGCUGAUGUCAAAGGGCAGGGACAUACUACUAAUGAUACUGGAAGUCUCCUUAAUCUGUCUUCAUUGCCCAUAAGUGAGGGAGACGCCAAUGUAAAUUAUCCAGUGAAAACAGAGGGCCUGUCCAGACAUCAGUGCCCAUACUGUGCCCACACUACCAACUACCCAGAAGUUCUUUGGAUCCAUCAGCGGGUAGCACACAGAGUGGAUGGCAGCAGCUCCAUGGCACCCAAGUGGGCACCCUGUACCAACAGCCCCAGGGGUGCAAAGGCAGGUAGUGCUCAUUGGAGACGAACAGGGCCACCGCCAUUCCUCGAAGGCAAGGACUGCCCUGCUUUACCUGCUCCAAGAACUCAGCGCACACAACCUCCAGGGCUUGCAACCCACAGCAGCACCAGCAGCAGCAGCAGCAAACACUCAGUCCCCAAAACCCAAUCAGGUCUCCCUAAGUCCAAACAUCAGUCAAAGGACUCACGGUCUUCAGAUGGGACACAGUCCAGUGGGAGGAUGGGUCUCCUACCUCAAAAGAAGUCUGGUGAACAUAAGCGGGCAGAGGAGGGUGGAAGUAAAAGUUCCAGCAGUCAAGCUACUUCAUCGAGCAAUGUGCACGGCAAGAGUGUCCCUAGCUUCCAGCCCAUAAGCAGCCCCAAACACAGAGGCAACAGAGCUGCAAUGGAAACAAAUUUCCCACAGGAGGGUUUGGGGUUUAUGCUGGCCAGAAAUCAUGGCGGGACUUCAUCCAGUGCAGCCGUAGAAAAGCCCCAUCCCCGCAGGCAGUCAUGUGACUCUUCCUCCUCAGGUCCCAAGGGUCCUGAUCUGUGGGCUGCCAUGAACAUGUGGGGUCACAAAGCAUAUUUAGAACCACUGCGUUUCGCUCAGGGAAAGAAUGAAGGAACAGGAGAAAUGCCAAUGGACGUUGAUAUUUUGACUCUCCUGAAAAGCUAUAGUCCCCACGAACUGGCUGCUCUGUACCAGCACUGGGGGUUUGUUGAUCCACGGAUCGAUCCACAAGCAUUGUUGCAGUUAAAUGGAAAUUUUGGAAAAGAAGUCCAUUCCACCUCUGAAGCUUCCAAACAAGUGAACAGCCGCUCCACUUCAUCCUCAGGGUCUCUUCAUAAAGGAACGUGAACAUACACAGUGUUCCUGUUAGCUCCCAGCCUGCACGACACUGCUGAGCAAAGAGGCCUGCUGUUCUUUAAAGGAACCAGCCAUAACUCCGAAAGAAGGACAGAUGCACUGGACAAUGCACAAUGUAUGCAAAGCAAUGAGAUGGACUCUUAUUAUUUCAUAAUAUGGUUGUUAAAUUUGAAGUGUUAUGCAUGUUUUUUGUUUGUUAAAGAAAGUAGAUAUGUUAGGUACCAAAAUCACACAUGAAGAUAUGUUUAAUGGAAAUGAGGUAGAACCGGUUAAGCUUUGGUGUUGAAAAAAACAAAACAAAAAACAAACAAAAAAAAAGUUUAGCGAGGGGAAUCACAUCCUAGGUGGAAAUUAAAUGCGAGGCUACAUUUGGAUGAAGAGGUUGUUAUAUUGGCUCAAGGCCCACAGAUAUCAGUGAAAAAUAAACUCUAGCUGGUGAGAUCCAAGCAUAAAAACACCUUGUGGUUUUUUGGAUGCUGCCAAAAACACUUCAAAAGAUGUAAGCUGUGACCUGAACAUUUUACUUCACGUUUACCUCUCUACAUAUGUUUCAGUUGGUUGGUUGUUUUUUUUUUGUGUGCUUGUAACAUGUCCUGUUUUUUAAGGUUAUUACUGUAUUUGAUUGUCUCAUCACACAUGAGAAGGGUACCUAAACAUAUACAGUGCAGGGAGAAUAUUUUUUUCAAUUUAAGCCCAUAUUCAAAUUGUGAUAUGAAAGCUGUCAUUUGUCCUCCAUCACUAUGCAACGACAGUUAUAGUGCUGGUAAAUUCAGAAGAGUCAAGUCAUGUCAUCAGUCACAGUUACUUUUCCCUAAAACUUUACACCACAGUUUUAAACCAAAAAUAAUCAAAGUCAUGAUGCACAGGCACAAUGGGAUGGUUUAAUUAGAGCUAAAUCUGAGCAGAAUGCAGGCUUUAGCAUCAUUAGCUCAUUAUCCCACACAUGUAGAUAAACAGGAUGCACUGCUCAUAUUUUCAUUGGAAGCUACAGUUUUAAAGCUCUUCAGCCCACAAUCACAAUCGCUGGACUGACUUCAACUCAGUUAGGUGGCAGAAAUAUUUCUGCACAAGUUUUUAUGUACCUUUUAUACAAAUACUACAAAACAUUGCCAUACAUGAGCAUCACACUUGAGGCAAUUGGAAUGUUUUUAUGUAAACUCAUUCUGGAUCACGACAGCAGUAUCAACAGCUAGAGUGGCAUUAAGUCACUGUGUCUUUGACAAGUUUCAAAUCAAACUUUCAUGUCAAACAGCGGUACAGUGUCACCAUAGCUACUGUCGAACCUAUGGUUCACAAGGGCCAAUCAAUCAAUGUGAGAAAACCAGAGAAAAAGAACCAAACUGGUGGCCAUCAGUGUAUCCAGCCUGUCAAACAAGUGUCAGAAUGACAAGUUUAACAACGAAAUGCGGUGUCCUGUUUUUUUUUAAUUCAAAUUCUUUUUUUUUCUUUUUAAUUUUACUGCUUCAGUUUGACCUGUUUUCUCCUAUCAGGAAGAUAGUAUAAACGACUGCACUAAUUUUACAAUGUGCAAGUGAUGUAGGAAUUUAAUCCUUUUAUUUUAUCAUUUCUUUUUUAAGGAGUAGAAACUGUAGCGAUAAUAAGUUCUACAGAUGUGGCCGUGGCUUACAUCUGCCAGUCACGUGACUUAAAACAUUUGUUUUUUGAAAGUCACCUCGUUCUCAGUUCGUUUUCAUGUGUUUUCUGUUUGCAGAUUUGUUUAGUAUGUUUAUAUUUUAGUUCUGAUUCAGCGUAUUCAUCUCCCAUAGAGAACUAGUCUAUGCAUUUGACAAAAAGCCAUCGAGUUAUGGAUUUUUGGGAGAUAUUCUUGAGAAUACAUAAUUUAUUACUUGGGGUAUUGACUUUGUGUGGAAAACUGUAUUUUUUGAUAAAUACUAUAAAUGACCGUUCUAUUUAAUGAUCUUUUUUGUUUGCUAAGAGUGGAAUUUUAACACUCAUAAGUACUUGAUAUUUGUAGCAACAACAGAAAAUGUUUAAAAAAAAGUCGUUUUUUUUCAGCGGCAGGGUCAGUAAGGAGCGACGCUCUUGCAGGAGGUAUUAUUGAGCCUGUGACCUACCAGCUGUCUGUAAAGAUGCUGCUGCAGACGGCUAAAGAAAGGAGUGACGGGAAACACUGAGAGAGCGAAUUUUAUGCAAGCCUGAACUUUUAUGGUUAAAGUUGAGCUCUCGCUGGGUUACUUUUUGUGACUAUGUAAACAUGUGUCAUAGUUAAUAAUCUUGUUGGUAUCAGAAUUUCUAUUUUCACCAGUUCCACAUUUUGUCUGACCAUAAAAAUAUAAAAAUAAAGUUGGCUAAUGUAGAUUUA